ACGACCAUCUCUUCUAAGUUCUAAUCACAAACGUCAACCAACUUGUCUCUCUCUCUCUCUCUCUCUUAUUAUAUCACAUGCAAUGCCUCAAAUCAUGUCCAACUAAUUACACAUCGAGAUGAAGCUGAUGAAGAUGGAACUCCCUGUGAAGAAACCGUCGUCUGAGUCUGAUCAUCAUCAUCAUCACGGCGGCGCCGUUCAAGACCCGUUCAGAUUUGCCUACAUCAUUCACUUCUUCCUCGGCGCCGGAAACUUGCUGCCUUGGAAUGCCUUGAUCACCGCCGUCGAUUAUUUCGCCUACCUCUAUCCAACGAAGCACAUUGAGAAGGUUUUCUCUGUGGCUUACAUGGCCUCGUCCGUGCUGGUUCUUGUUUUGAUGAUGAGUUGGCCUAGAGUUUGGAGUAGGAUGAGCUUGAGGUUGAGGAUGAACCUGGGGUUUUCCUUGUUCGUUUUGUCUCUCAUGGUGCCUCCUGUGAUUGACUGGGCUUCUGCAGCGGCCACCGCCGGGGGCUCGAGGCCGAGCGGGGCAUACGGGUUGACUGUUGCGGCGGUGGUUAUUUGUGGGUUAGCUGAUGGGUUGGUCGGAGGAAGUCUGGUUGGUUCUGCUGGGAAGCUGCCUAAACAGUAUAUGCAAGCUGUUUUUGCUGGAACUGCUUCCUCUGGCAUUAUAAUUUCAAUCUUGAGGAUUAUAACAAAGGCCUCACUUCCUCAAACACCAAAAGGCCUUCAAACAAGCGCCCACUUAUACUUCAUCGUCGCCACCAUCUUCCUCUUCUUCUGCAUAAUCUUCUGCAACUUGCUGUUCAAGUUGCCGGUCAUGCAACAGUACUAUCACCACCACAGCCUUCUCCCGGAAGCAGCCGCCGGCAACAACGGCGAGAACUCGUCAUAUUCUUUAGCGCCGAAAUUCUGGGCCGUCGCGGGGAAGAUCCGGGGUCACGCUUUUGGAAUCUUUAUAAUCUACGUAGUGACUCUCUCCAUCUUCCCAGGAUUCAUUGCAGAAGAUCUUGUAUCAGAGUUGUUCAAGGAUUGGUACCCUAUUUUGCUCAUAUCAGUUUACAAUAUAGCAGAUCUUAUGGGAAAGUGUUUGACUGCGUUUUACGUUGUGAAAUCGAUCAAAACGGCAGCGUGGGCUUCCAUUUCUAGGCUUUUGUUCUAUCCACUGUUCAUAGUUUGUCUUCAUGGACCUAGGUGGCUGAGAUCAGAGGGGCCAAUUGUGGUGCUGACUUUUGUGCUUGGACUGACCAAUGGAUUCUUGACAAGUGGCCUUAUGAUUGUAGCACCAAAGCAUGUGCAGCCGUCGGAAUCUGAGUUAAGCGCCAUCGUGAUGAUCGUUUUUCUCGGGUUUGGGUUGGUGGGCGGGUCGGUUCUUGGGUGGAUCUGGUUAAUAUGAGCCCAAUUUUUGUUUCUUAUUUGUGAGGUUAUUACUCUUGGAGGUGGGGAACUCUGAUGUAUGCACUUAGGAUGACUGAUCAUUGAUGAGUGAUAAGUUUGUUUUGAUGAAUCAUGAAGAUGCUUUUUGAAA